GAAUUAGUCAAAUUUUCAUUGAUCUACAUUUGCAAAUUAUUUAGUAGGAAAAACAUUUCUAGUAAGGCGCUUUUGGUAAUGUUUAAAACUUCGAAAUAUCCAGAUUAGAUAGAUCGUCUUUAUACCAUAAAUAGGAUGCAGAUAUUUCCCAAUCUAACUUCACGAUCAACACGCUAGCUUCGGAAGUACUGUGAAAGAAACAUGUUUGUCGUCAACGUUUUCUCGUCACCGUUUUUCCUGUCUUCGUCAUUAAGUGACUUGUCCGAAGCCAAAGAACACAUACGACACACGAAUACUCGCUUGAACUGUGGCCUCUAUUUAUAAAAAUAAUUUUCUAAAAUCACAAUAUUUGCCUAUGCUCUCUCUCAGAGUUUGCAGUAGCGAUCCAUCCAGCCAAGGCAGCGGAUUCAAAAAUUUGCGGUGUGAAUUUUCAAGAAAAGAGUGCAUCUAAUAACUGUCAAGAUCUGUUAAUCCUCUAUAGAGGCUUGAUUUAGUGUGCAUGAAGUGGAAACUAAAAUGAUGUGUGAAAAUUCAUUCACCAUUCAGGAAAAAUAAACCAGGAGAAUCUCCCGUGUAGCGGUGUUGCAGAGAAGAGAUUCUAUUCGGGAUUUGAUGUGCCGAAAAAAAAGAAGAACGAAAUUCAUUUUUUACUGCAGAUUUUUGAAUACCCGUUGAAGUGCAGAAAAUUGAGCGCAGCUGCGAAAAGCUAUCACAGUGUAUGACUGUCUUGUGGUGUAAUGCAACGAGUGUGAAAGUCACAAAGAGAGCUGAAAUUUAUUUGAAGACUAGAAAGAAGUGAUUUACGAGAUAUGUGUGACGGAAUCGAAUGUAUAUUAAUCAAUGUAUUCAUAUCUAAUUCUACGACAUUUGUACAUCAAUUUGUCAAUUGAAUCAAUCCUUUAUUACCGUAAAGUAAAGUGACUUUGUAUCAAAAAAGUAUUUUUUGACUUAGGACGUCGGUAAAAUAAAAACAAUACCAAAUUGUCAGAGAAAAGACAAGCUUUUCCUUUUAACUCAAAUUUUAUUGGUACAUCUCCGAUAAUAAUAUUACAAACGGACUUUUUGUCCUGGUUCUAUUGAUACACUUUUCGAAUGAUUCACAUAAUUUUCUGUCGGAAGAUGAAGAGUGUACACUUACUCUACAUCCACUGGCGCCGGCAAAUUGAGAAAACAUUGAACUCUAAGCAACAACACUCACAUCUAUCUUAUUACACACCAUUAUGAAGCAACCGGAACACACCGUAGAAAAAUCUUUGUUUUUAUUUCUUCUGCUAUUUAUAUACUGUCGCAUGGUAGCUUGAUGCAAGGCGGCAAUAUAGUUCGUAACAUGCCUUUUUGUGUACAACAUAAAACAUCAGUAUCUGGACGUCCAAAUGAGAUGACACUACUCAUGAAAAUGAUUGAAAAAUAAAAUAGUCAAUCUACUAACUAAAUUAUGUUACCUUUGCUGGAAUCUGCAGUAGUGUAACAUGAACAGAUCCGAUGGCGAUAAAUCAUUGAAUACCGAGGGCAAGAAACGUGCGAAUAAAAAAAAAUCAUCUGAGCGUUAUCAUGUUGUUCCCGACUCGCAAUCUUCUGCCGGUAGUAGUGGGAUGCAAUUAUUUUUUAAGUGGUUUCGUAAGGAUGACGUACGCCUUCAUAACAGUUCAGUCGAGCAGAAACAAGUAGAUCAAGUUAUUUCAGAAUGUCCAAAUUCUGUUACUAGUGUAGACAAACCUCAUGAGGAAACUUCGUUCGAUAGUGUCAGCCAAAGUCAGAGCAAUGAAGCACACAGUUCUUCACCUAGUCCUAGCCCUUUAAUAGAAUAUCAGAAUUUAUCGAAAAGUUCAAGCUGUGAUAGUAUACUGAGCACAGCUACUGACGGAUUUGCAUUUGUACCCCCGAAAUGUUAUGAAGUGAUCGGAGACCUAUCGCAAUCAGAACGCGUAAUCAAUCCAGGUCCCUACACUGACAGCUACAAACGACGAGUAGCUCAACGCGAUCGCACACGUGAACUAGACGCGAAAUAUGAAUUAACAUUACGCAGAAAGUAUAACUUGUUCUCUAAUAUACGCUGCAAUACUACGGUAAGCGGAAAAGAUACUACCCUCACCAGGGACAAUCAGAAGUCUUUAUACAAUGAUCUCAGUUUACCAACUACGUCAAAUAUCGCUGCUGAUGGAAUAACUACAAUCGGUAACGCAGGGAUAGCUUAUGGCGAUAUUAAAAAACAUAGAAGGACAGUAAGUGAUAGUUUUAAGGACAAAAAAGCAGGGGCAUAUGUUCAUGUUAAAGGAAAAAGAAAAGCUCCUCCACCGCCAUCAUUGACUCUGGAAAAUAAGGUAACAUCAUCUAGAGACCAUACAACCAGUGCGACUCUUCCGAACUCAAAGUAUGGAACUCUUUCUCCUGGAUCUACGUUAUCGCGAAAAAAGAGACCUGCUCCGUUGCCCCCGCUAGCUUCAGCAAGUAAUUCAAUUUCAAAUACAAGCCUUCUUGAGGAUAAAGAAAUCAAAGCCAUAAUAGAGGGUAAACCUAUUUUACAAACUCCGGAAAUAAUCAUGCCGGUAAAGUCAAACCCACUACAGGGAAUAUGCGAAGAAAGAACUCCAGGGGGGUUAACAGAAGAACAAAAACAACAACUUAUUGAUAAUAUCCGGAAAGUACAAGCUCCACCAGAUUUUGAGCGCCCGGGAGAAAUAAACCCAAAGUCUUCAUUUAUGAUUACCAGUGAUGAUGUUAUGAAAUUGGAAGAGAUAUUUAUAUCCACUAAUGGAACACGAUCUCCGAUUCACGAUUAUUUAUACACAGAAGCGGUCGGUAAUAGCAGCAAAUGCGAAAAUCCUGCUUCACCUAUUUCACCAAGGCCCUGGUAUAAGCGACAGAUCUCAGGUGUGAAGCAUCAGGAGGUAUCAAUACCGUUUAAAAAAGAUAUUGUUUUGAAAACAGUCGAUAAACGGAAAAAUAAAAGUAAGGUCAACCCAGAUCUUCCAGAGGUGGGAUAUUGUCGACAUUCGCUUAUCGAAUCUGCUAAUGUUGGUAGUAGUUCCCCUAAAUUCAAUUUGUUCUCCAGAAUUACUGAAAAAUCAGAAAUCACUAAAAAUCGGGAUAGAGAUAGUGAAAAACGUAAGUCUGGAAUUGGUAUACCUAGUAUAAGUGAGCUAGAUCGGGAAGCGGCAGAAAUAAUUAGUAAGGAAAAUGCACUGAAACAUACGGAGCAUAAAGAUAUGUAUUUUUCCGCCCCGGAACAGUUAGUAAAGCGUAACCUGUUGAUUGCUAAACACCUCGAGCAAGAGUCGGAUAACUCAGCUUGUGAACCAAGAUCUACGAAAGAGCUUAUAUCGAAAUUCGAAGCUACUUCUGCUGGCGUGAACAAGAUAUCCUUGAACACCUCGUUUGUUCCCAGAAAGGAUUAUUUUGGAGUUGACCGAGCUAAUACUUCUACUCCGCCAUCAUCUGUGAGACAUCUGCCUCAGCAAGAAAUAACUCCUAUUAGCAACGAUAAAAAUCUUCUUGGCUUAUGGCCAUGCCCUUAUUGUACCCUGGAAAAUCCCAAUUGGAGGAUAAUUUGUGAGGCAUGUGAAAGAAUCAAACCCUACGAUAAGCUGAGUAUAUUAGAGGAGCCACCAUUAAGGCCGAAUUUCCAACUCAAAAAAGCUGUUCCCGAGGCAAAACCAUCAAAUCAACAACAUUCUGCUGAAGAAUGGGAUAAGAAGACUGAAAGAGUGUUAAAAUACUUUGUGCCUCAGGCAAAUCCAACAGUUUCUAAUGGUUUUCAAAAUUUGAUUGAACAUCCCAAAAAAUCAUUUGGGCAUGCCAAGAUGCUAGCGUCACCUAAAAUGGGAGUUAAAAGUCUUUUGAAUCGAGUAGCAACCGAACAAUCUGUUGGAAUCAUAAUACACAGUGAUUCGGUUAACACUUCCAAUAAAUUUGAUGACGAGAAAUUAAACGAAAAUAUUAUGCUUGAAUCUCCAAAAAUAGAGCCAGAACUUCCACCUGCUACAUCGAAUAUAUAUAAAGUAACAUCAGUUGAACCAAAUUCUAAAUCUGUUAACAUAGACGAAGUUAGAAGUGCUAGAAUAGCUAGAUUUAGCUCACACCAAGAAGAGCUGAAAAAUGAUAACCCCGGUGCAUUUUUUGACGCAUGUACUCCGAAACACAUACAAGAUAUGGAUGAUACCUUUUUGGAAAAGGAGAAAGAAAGAUUACGCGAAAUGAUUCGCGCGAUGAACUCAAAAGCACUUGCAGAUAAGUACCCAGUUCUUCAGAAACCACCUACCAGUAAUAACUCGACAAAAAUCGAAUCUCCUUUGCCGCAACGGAAAAAUGGGUUUGUUUCAGCUAUUCCAAUUAGUACUAAAAGUCCUAAACCAUUGCGGAGGGCUAGCCCAACCAUUACCCGGAAGGACACUAUUACUCCCAAAGAACAUUCACCGGUUGCAGCAGAACCUUAUAGAUUGGGGGCAGUUAAAAAGACAUUCAUCAAAAAAUCUAAUGACCAGAAAAUGAACAAACUAAGCGAGUGUAAGAUAAUCAACCAGGAAACGAACUCAGCAUCAGUUGACAAAGUUUCCACAAUUCCUGAGCUGGUAUCCGGUGCGGUGCAAGAUAUUGGCUAUGAAGCAAUGAACGAACAACAGUUCGAAGCUAAGUGCACUUACCACAGUGAUGAAUCAGACAAACAAUCUGAUAAGCUGCGCCAAAUAUCGAAUCAACUUCGUUCAGUGCAAGGUGUAGAGAGUUUCAGAAACACUUUGAAGUAUACUGGUUCGGCAUUGAAUAAGACUAACACCAUAACGCUGAAUAAACUACUAAAGAGUUUGGAACUUGCUAUUGAAGACGGAGCACACGAUCGAGCUGCGGAGCUAGCAAUGGACUUAGCGAAGAUGAAAGUGUCUCUAUCUGUUACGCGCCAAAGUCCAAAUAGAUCUAUUGCCAGUACAGCAAACACAUCAACGGAAAUAAGUCUUCGUAUCUUCAUUGUUGAUAAAUCCACUCGCAAAGGACCGUUUCCAAUCACAGUUACAACAUUUACGACUUUGGCUGAAUUGAAGGAGCAAAUAAAACGGAACUUUGGAAUACCUGCCGCUGUACAGCGAUGGAUUUGUGAUGAUCGGCAGAUUUCAGUAGAACAGAAGAGUUUAGUAGAGUACGGUAUAUAUGACAAUGAUAGAAUUUUGCAUCUCUACAUCGUUUCUAAGGAAACGAAAAUAAACAUGCUGUCAACAACGGCAACAUCUGCCGGUAAAGUAGAACUCCAGCGAAAAUGUACACCAGCGACAAAAACUGUACAACAGCACUUAAAGGAUAAGCAGACCGAAACGAGGACAACCACCGUAUCUGACUCAGAGGGCGAUAACUCUGAUCGACAGAAUGGCCUGCAGCUACAUGACGGGUCCAACCAAGGAGCAAUGGCAUUACCAACCAUAUCAGAAGAUUCAACUCGGUUUAUAAACGACAUUCAACAGGGAUGGGAAUGUCCUCUAUGUACGCUUGUCAAUCCACCAGAACGCCCAGGAUGUAGUGCGUGCUCCGAAGCCAGGCCGGUAUCUUUCGCGAUAUCGACUUGUUACAGGAACCAAGAUCCUUUUAUCCCAGAUGAAUCGAAACGAAUUGCAGAAAAUGAUUGUCAAAAAUCACUAAGCGUUCAAAUGAGAAACUCUCGGAAGGAAUUACGAAAUGAUCUUAACCGGGUUUCAAGCAGCCGAAAAUCUUCCGAUAUUUUCAACAUACUUCUGGAUGAAACCAAAGCCUUCGAAUCACAAAAUAAAGCCAGUCAAGCGAAGCCAAAUACUGCAGAUCUCUUAACGACAAGACAUAUGCAAAUUCCUGAACAAAAGAAUAUAGUUAUGACAGCUUUCACUAGUCCAAAUAUAACACGAAAUAAAUAUCGAGGAGUAGAUAACUUUAACCCCAACUCAUAUAACGUGGGGUCCACGGUAGGGCAGAAGUUGGACAGCCCCGUAAUUUCUACCGCUAGUCCUAUAGUAAGAGCAGUAUUGCUUAAAAGCGAUAAAGCAGUAAAGUUUGGAAGGAAUGGCUUGGUAGUGCCUGAAAAUGAGAACGAUUUCACAAACCAUUACAUGGAACUAGUUAAUCUGGAUUCGGCUGACCUAAUCGCAAACGUGGAGCCAUUUGAAUGUCCUAUAUGUUUUGAAAGUUUUAAAGCGUUUGAGGGGAUUGUACUGCGUGACUGUCUUCACUCGUUCUGCAAACAGUGCUUAGUCAAUACAAUCAAUUACAGUGAAGAAGCAGAAAUUAGAUGCCCAUUUAUGAAUAAGGUCUACAGUUGCGAAAGUGUUAUACAGCAAAGAGAGAUCAAAGCAUUGGUUUCGAAGGAUAUGUAUGAAGCACAUCUAGCUAAAUCGAUCCGACAAGCAGAAAAUAUGCUAGAAAAUACUUUUCAUUGUAAGACGCCUAAUUGUCGUGGAUGGUGCAUAUACGAAGACAACGUUAAUCAGUUCAAAUGUCCAGUUUGCACAAUAGUGAACUGUCUCACGUGCAGGGCAAUUCAUGAUGGACUUGACUGUAAACAAUAUCAAGAUCGAAUGAAUAGCGACUGUGAUACAAACACCGAUUCGAAACGAACGAAAGCUAUGCUCCAGGAAAUGGUAGAUAAGGGUAAUGCCUUAAUGUGCCCUACGUGCCAGGUUGUUAUGAUGAAAAAGUGGGGAUGUGAUUGGUUAAAAUGCAGCAUGUGCAAAACGGAAAUAUGUUGGGUAACGCGCGGGCCACGCUGGGGUCCUGGCGGAAAAGGCGAUAUUAGCGGUGGGUGUCGCUGCGGCGUUGAUGGAAAAAAGUGCCAUCCAGAAUGCAAUUACUGCCAUUAGAAUCAUAUUAAAUUGGUUCAGGUUGAAAUCAAUAAACGUGACCGAAUUCCAA